AUGCCGGCAUGGUGGGACCGAUUUUUUGCAUUGGAGCAAAGCUACAGCUAUUCUUCACUGUCGAUCUCCAUACGAAAAGCAGGUUUAAACGAUGCAGAUGUCCCAUCUCUGGCCUUGGCACUUCGAGACUUCAUUGCGUGCAAUGUAGAUCCCAAAUUGCCGCUCCACAUUGAGCUGGAUGCAUCGGAGAACAACUUGGGGGAUCAGUCGAUGGCAAUGCUGUUGCAGGUCUUGCUUGAAAACCCAGGUGCGACCUACCUUCGCAACCUGAAAAUCUACAAGAAUCGGGUGUCUGAUUUGACAUGCGUUGCCCUGGCGAAGAUUUUAUGGAAUCAAAGCGAAGCAUGCGAGGAGCUCCACUUGUCGCACAACGAAAUCCGCCAUCGGGGGAUGUGCACAUUGCUGGCGGUGUUGGCGAUGCAUCCAAAGGAGGUCUACCCCAGACAGGUGGAGCAUUUAGAUGAGGCAAUCCCCUGCUGGCUGCGACUGGAGCACAAUCAGGCAACCAGCGCCGAACACCUGCUGUCUGCCUUGCAGAAGGACCCCGUGCGGCUCCGCUACUGCAUGGCCCCUCGCAGUGAAACUGCCAGCUGCAGCGCCUUUCGAUGCGCUGCAGCCUCCGAACGGAAGGACGAGACACCACACGUCCAUCUCUACUGCAUCAACAAACAGAAGGACAAUCCUGCACUUCUUGAACAACUUCAACUCGAGACCAUGGUGUUGGCUGUUGCUGAUACUGUCGCUGCUGGGCAGUUUGGUCUCGAGAACUCGGAAGCAAUGGACCAGAGGCCCUCUGGCAAGCUGCCAACGCUGACACCACUGCCACCACCUUCAGCUGCCAUCAACUGUCGCAGUGUGACUUUGCGUGUCGAUGCAGAAACCGGAGCUGGAUUGGAAAUGACUGCGCAUUCGUACGGCUACCACGUGGAUCAGGUGGAGGAUCAGCCUGGCCAAGACUUGAAACCCGGAGACGUCUUGUUGAGUGUCGACGGUGAGGCUUUAUGGGGAGAUCUUUCGGAAGAUGAGUUGACUGAGGCCUUUGGACGAGAAUUCGCAGAUGGUGCUACGGUGCUUGUAGCAAGAGCAGAUGAAGUUCAAGGCUGCCAUGUUUGGCAACCGUUGGGCUUGGACCUCUCCUGUCGUGCUGUGCCACUUGUUGCUGCGCUACGUGAGGACCUAGGCAUCAUGGGCAACAACUUCGGCGUCUCUGUGGAGUUGGAGGAGUUGGAGGAGGGUGCCAUUUGGUUGCGAGGGCCAGCAUCAUGUCAACGCGCUGCAGUGGUAGAGCUGCCCAAUCUGAUCAGGUUCUAUUUUCCAGAGCUUCGGGGUAGUUCUUGGCCAACCUGCAGCUGGGUGAAAGAAGAGGACAAAUCCCAGAGCAACUUGAAGAAUGGCUCAGUUUGCGCUGAAAGCACAGCACGAGUCCAUCCAGUCGAAGCCUAUCAAGACUUGACUCAAUGGGAGAGUGCUCUCCGAAAGCAGUGCAAGGAGGCGCGGGGGCUCCAGACGAAGGGCCAGAGGUCUUUGAAGGCGAGGAUGCUUCCAGAGCUGGAUAUGUCUCUACCUUUCAAGAUGCUGAUCCUGGUGGGUUUACCCGGCUCCGGAAAGAGCUCUUUGGCCGCGCGCCUAGCUGGGAAAGGCUACGAUGUCGUGAACCAAGACAACUUGGGGGAUCGCAAGUCUUGCGUCCAAGCUGUCAGAGAUGCUUUGGCGGAAAGUCGACGUCUGGUCGUGGAUCGAUGCAACUGCACCCGACUCCAAAGACGAGUUUGGCUGGAGCUUGCAAAGGACUACGAAGUUGGAGCAGCUUGCAUUUGGCUGGAUAUUCCAGAGGCAACAUGCGGUGAACGGGUCCUACAACGGUUUGGACACCGCACUCUGCCUCCAGAAGAUAAGAGUCUGGAGGUCAUCAGUGGCUUUGCACAACGCUUUGAGCCUCCGAUGGAGGCUGAGGGCUUUGUGCGCUGGCGCGUGAAAGAUGAUGGCGACCUUGAGGAGGCGCUGCUUGAGUUCUUAGAGUUGGUCAAGGACAGUGAGGCUGGUCGCUUGGGAGAGCCCGAGACUGUCUCGACCUCCGUGGACUUGGAGAACUCCGAUCCUCCCAAGAAGCGGCGACGUUUGGAUGCGGAGGCUGCUGCUGCGGGACGACCCACUCGCGCAUUGGAGCUUCAUGGCCGUGCCACUCGCGCCCAGUUCCUACGAGUCUUGCGCAGACAAGUGGAGUACUACUUCUCCGACAAGAACCUGAAACGUGAUUGGUUCUUCCAGGAAAAGAUUGCUGGGGAACCGGAGAGUGGAUGGCUUGAACUUCGCUGGAUCAUGUCUUGCCCACGUAUCGCAGAUGUGCACCGCGCCAGUGAAAAGGAUGUGUUGGAGGCCUUGAAAUCUUCAACUCUGAAGGUGAAGGAAGUUGACGGCUGCCACUGGGUGGCACGUCCUCAGCCACUGCCAGCAUUGGAAGUGAAGCGACCAGAGGUGUUGCAUGAGAGCGUCGAUGGAGAAGAGGAUGCCAUGGAUGCCAUGGAUGCCAUGGAUGCCACCAUUGAACUGUGUGAAGAGGAAAAGGACUACUCUGACACCAUGACAAAGGGCGGAGAAUCAGUUUUGGAGGAGGACAACGGAAUCAGAGCGGAAGAAAACCCCAAGGAGGCCGACCUUUCUGUCCAAAGACUUCGGCAGGAUGAUGGCGAGAGUGAGGGGUCACAAGAGGAAGAAGAGGAGGAUUGGGAUCAUUGGGAUGAUUGGGAUCUGAAGUGCUGGCAGAUCCCUACAUGUGAUGCGAAAAGAAAAGUGAUCUUGUGGUUUUGUGGUCCGAAAGAGGAAGCAAAAGGAAUCAAGAAUCAUGCACGAGAUCCGCUGUCGACAGGUGCUCCAUUGUCGGACUACAACCAUACCCCUUUUGAUGAUGGCAUGGUUGCUGGACCGCUUGAGGAGCAGUUUGAGUUGAUGGAUGGAGAGGCACAGGAACCCCAAAAUGCGCUGUGCAUUUCUGUUGUCAUGACGCAUGCAGAGGUCACCGAGGCUUUGUUUCAUCUGAAGAAAUGCGGCUGCUACUUCAACUUCAAGGAGGUUGGAAAGGACUGCACUUACACGCACGAUUCCAAAGAUUCGAGUUUCCUCUCCCACUACGCCUACACUCUCGGCAACGAAACCAAAGCGUGUGCGGAUCAUUGGGAGGCUUGGCAGUCACAGCAUGGCAAAGCACCCUUCAGAAGCUGGUGGUCAUCUUCUGAGGGAUGCCUGGCACAAGUGCUCAUCGUUGUCUUGUUUCUAGCAGUCUUGGCGUGGUGCAGUCAGGAUUAUCUACGUGGUCUCCUCAACAACUUUUAUGAUGAAUUGGAGGAUGAGGCUCGCGAGGUUGAAGCUUUGGCCCGCACAGCUGAGUCGAAGGUUGAGGAAGCAGAGCGCGAAGCAGAGCGCAUGAUGCAGACGAUUGUGCGGCCUCCGAUACGCCACGUGGGCCCUCAAGGCUCGGCAAGGAACGCCAUGGAAAGAGAGCCCACAGAAGAUGAUGUCGAUAUUGAAGAGCCUGAGGAGAUCCCAGAGCCAAAGAGAAGCCUCCACAAAUUUCAGGCUCCUCGUGAUCUUGGCUUUGGUCCACAUGUGCCCCUAAUCAAUCAGUCCCUCUUCCCGCCCGGUACUGCUCCGCCGUGA